AUGGCCAAGGAUGCAUCAGAGUAUCUCACCUCCCUCGGUAAAUCUGUUUCCUCCCUCUCGCCCUCUUGGUUUUUCUUCCAGCGCUUUAGCUGCAAAACUGAGUUCCUGUCCUACCUGAUACUGUGUGUUGUCAAAAUGCCGUUCAUACCACCCGUGUCCAUCGCCCACUCGGUGUCAGGACUGACUGGGAAGGAGAGAACCAUCAACCGCUCCUCAUCUUCACCCACUGUGGCCAAGGUGGGGGAGUCAAAGGAAGACAAAGGCAGCUCAGUGAAGGAGCGGCUGACGCUGAACCUCAAACAGCUGGGCAAGAAGAGCCAACCCAGGAGUCACCUGCCAACAGCAACUAAAGGAGCGUCGAAGAGAAGAGAGCGACUGGUGCCCUCAUCACAGACAGACAGCGUCCCGGCCUCCAGCUCAGGUGAGUCCCUGUCCAAGACCCAGAGGCAGAAACAUGUGAUCCAGAGCUCUGUGAGGAGUGAAGCAGAGGUGAAGACGAGGCCCAGGCACGAGGAGGAGGCCCGGUUCACCCUGAUGCUCACACCCGAGGCGGUUCUCCUGCUGCAGAGGAGGAGCGGUGAGAGGCCUCAACGCUCAGCAGUGAGAAACGCUGAGAGCGUGGCCGGCGUUUCCGGAAGCGCCACCGAUUUCAGACGCCGGAGGGAGAACGUCUCCAAAAGGAAUCAGACGCCUGCGCAGAGACACAGCGCUCCAACCAGCAGGGCACCUGGGAAGACCAACAGCGUGGACGAGCUGCGAGACAUCAGCUCCAUUUUGAAGAUCUCACUUCUGAACGAGCAGCACAAGUACGAUGACGUGGAGUAUGAGGACGAGGGGGACUACGGGGUGGACGAGCGAGUGGUGCUGAAAUGUACUGAGUGGCUCCGUGGGCUGGAGAACACUCCGGUGACUGUGGGGAACUGCCUGAGUAAGAGUGUGAGCGGCGUGAAAAGUUUCUAA